CACUUCUGCGAUUCCAAAGCAACUUCGCGGAUUUCCAUAACAAUAUCGCCAUCUGCCACCUCAUACAUUCCAGUCGCAUAUCGGAAUUAUGCCCUCCCCGACCAGUUUACGCCGUCUCGGCGCCGUUGCUGUUGUCACCACUGCUGCCGCCGUGACCGGAGUCUCCAUCCUCUUCUCCCCCAACCUAGCUACCAACGACCGAGGCGGUGGGCCUGCUCUCGACUCCUUUAGGCAGAAAAUUACUGAUCCCAACGCUGUCAUUCCUUCUCGAGCAGCUCAGGAGUCGGUUUUGACCGGCACAAGUGCCGCUAAUCCCCUUGAUGUUCUCGUGAUCGGCGGUGGCGCCACCGGCUGUGGAGUGGCGCUCGAUGCUGUCACAAGGGGAUUUCGCGUUGGUCUAGUUGAGAGAGAGGACUUCUCUUCUGGUACCUCUUCAAGGUCCACGAAGCUAAUUCAUGGGGGAGUUCGCUAUUUGGAGAAAGCAGUGUUUAAUCUUGACUAUGGUCAACUGAAGUUAGUUUUCCAUGCACUUGAGGAACGGAAACAGGUUAUUGACAAUGCGCCACAUCUGUGCCAUGCUUUGCCUUGCAUGACGCCCUGUUUUGACUGGUUUGAGGUGGUAUACUAUUGGAUGGGCUUGAAAAUGUAUGAUUUGGUCGCAGGACCACGCUUGUUACACUUGUCCAGAUAUUAUUCUGCACAAGAGUCCCUUGAAUUGUUUCCAACUCUUGCAAAAAAGGGUAAAGAUAGAAGCUUGAGGGGCACAGUGGUGUAUUAUGAUGGGCAGAUGAAUGACUCAAGGCUUAAUGUUGCUUUGGCAUGUACUGCUGCAUUAGCUGGUGCAGCAGUGGUCAACCAUGCGGAAGUGGUAUCUUUCCUAAAAGAUGAGGCUAAUGAGCGUAUAAUUGGCGCACGGAUUCGGGACAAUUUAUCAGGCAAAGAGUUUGAUGCCUAUGCAAAAGUUGUCGUGAAUGCAGCCGGCCCAUUUUGUGACUCUGUAAGGAAAAUGGCUAAGAAUGAUGCACAACCUAUGAUCUGUCCUAGCAGUGGUGUACAUGUUGUUCUCCCUGAUUAUUAUUCUCCAGAGGGAAUGGGUUUGAUUGUUCCUAAAACAAAAGAUGGACGUGUUGUUUUCAUGCUGCCAUGGUUGGGAAGAACAGUCGCUGGAACUACAGAUUCUAACACUACCAUCACUUUGCUUCCAGAACCACAUGAGGAUGAAAUUCAGUUUAUACUUGAUGCUAUCUCAGAUUACCUUAGUGUUAAGGUACGCCGCACAGAUGUUCUUUCAGCCUGGAGUGGUAUUCGCCCAUUAGCUAUUGAGCCAUCAGCAAAAAAUACUGAGAGCAUCUCCAGAGAUCAUGUUGUAUGUGAAGAUUAUCCUGGUUUGGUCACAAUCACAGGUGGAAAAUGGACUACUUACCGAAGCAUGGCAGAAGAUGCUGUUGAUGCAGCUAUAAAGUCUGGAAAACUAAGUCCAACAAAUGGAUGUUUUACUCAAAACCUCAGGCUGAUUGGUGGAGAUGGCUGGGAGCCUUCAUCAUUCACUGUUCUUGCUCAACAAUAUGUACGCAUGAAGAGGACAUAUGGUGGUAAAGUUGUCCCUGGAGUAAUGGACACAGCUACUGCUAAGCAUUUAUCACAUGCAUAUGGUACAUUGGCAGAACGAGUGGCUGCUAUAGCUCAGAAUGAAGGUCUAGGGAAGCGGCUUGCCCAUGGCUACCCUUUUCUAGAAGCAGAGGUUGCCUACUGUGCUCGAAAUGAGUACUGCGGAUCUGUUGUUGAUUUCAUUGCUAGGAGAUCACGGCUUGCAUUCCUGGAUACUGAUGCAGCGGGCCGAGCAUUGCCACGUGUAAUUGAGAUACUGGCUAAUGAGCACAGUUGGGAUAAGGCAAGGCAGAAGCAAGAGUUAGAGAGUGCCAAAAGAUUUUUGGAAACUUUCAAGUCGUCAAAAAACGCUCAGUUCCACGAUGGGAAACAUUAACAGGAGCUGAAUUUUUUCACUACAAGUAGGUUCCCCCAUUUUUCAUAGCUAAUGCUGAUACAAGGACAUUUUGAUUGCUUUGUUCAGCAGAUUGGUUAUAGCAUACAAAUCACAGUUAUCUGCCAAAAUAAUGUUAUUUCUCAAGAUUGAUUCAAUAGUUUCUGCUUUUGCAGAAAGUGCAUUGAAUUCAGCAAUAAGUUGCUGGUGACAGAUGAUUCAAGUAUGCUACAAUUCACAAUAAAUUUAUUUUCAUCUCCA